GUAAGUGAAUAUUAUAAUUAACCAAAUUCAAAGAAAUUUAGGGUAACCCGUACUUCUUCCAAUUCCUUUACCGCCAUUAUACUUCUCCUAUACUUCUCCGGUGUUCGCAGCUUCUUUGCUGCCAUUGAAGUCUCGAGUUCUCCAAGUAGUUUUUUGAGCUUGAAGCAGCUUUUUCCUUGGGUUGUCAUGAACACGUCUUGUGGAGCAAAUUUGGAACUAUCGAGGUGCAUUGCUGCAUCCCCUGUUUGUCAUUUUAAAUCCUCGAUCUUUGAGCCAAGAUCAUGUGUACCCAAGCUCCAAGACUUCUCAAAAAAGCUAUUCCCUUUAUGCAAAGAUAUAAAUGCUAGAAGUAACAGGGAGAGAAGCAUUCCAUUCUCUGUUACUUGUAGUGCCAGUCAGGUUGACACUGCUGCAGAUGAGCCCAGCAGUCUUACAUAUAAGGAUGCUGGUGUGGACAUCGAUGCAGGAUCAGAGCUUGUGAAGAGAAUAGCCAAAAUGGCACCUGGAAUUGGAGGAUUUGGCGGACUCUUUCCAUUAGGGGAUUCAUAUCUUGUGGCUGGUACUGAUGGUGUGGGGACAAAACUUAAGUUGGCAUUUGAAACGGGAAUUCAUGAUACCAUUGGAAUUGAUCUGGUUGCGAUGAGUGUUAAUGACAUUGUCACUUCUGGAGCAAAACCUUUAUUUUUCCUUGAUUAUUUUGCAACUAGCCACCUUGAUGUUGACCUUGCAGAGAAGGUCAUAAAAGGUAUUGUGGAUGGUUGCCAGCAAUCUGACUGUGCUCUUCUAGGGGGAGAGACUGCAGAGAUGCCAGAUUUCUAUGCCGAAGGUGAAUAUGACCUCAGUGGGUUUGCUGUGGGCAUUGUGAAAAAGGAUUCAGUUAUUGACGGGAAAAAUAUCAAGGUUGGAGACGUUCUUAUUGGUUUACCAUCUAGUGGAGUUCAUUCAAAUGGGUUUUCUCUUGUUAGAAGGGUUCUGAAGCAAAGUGGUCUUUCUUUGAAAGACCAGCUUCCUGGUGAAUCUAUUACACUUGGUGAAGCUUUGAUUGCUCCAACUGUUAUAUAUGUUAAACAGGUUCUUGAUAUUAUUAGCAAAGGAGGGGUUAAAGGAAUAGCCCACAUUACCGGAGGUGGCUUCACUGACAAUAUCCCUCGAGUAUUUCCUAAAGGCCUUGGAGCCCUUAUUUACGAGGGCUCUUGGACAAUUCCUCCUGUUUUUAAAUGGAUUCAAGAGGCUGGAAGAAUAGAAGAUGCUGAGAUGAUGCGAACUUUCAAUAUGGGUGUUGGUAUGGUCCUUGUAGUAAGUCCAGAAGCAGCUGAUCGGAUACUUAUGGAAGUACAGAAGACAAGCAUUGCAUACCGGAUUGGUGAGGUUGUAAAGGGUGACGGAGUAAGCUAUAGCUGAAAGCUACGCAGGUGGUUAUCGGAGGAUAGACAUGACGUGAUGAGAGUUUUUUCUCCUACCUUCGAUUAAGAGUUUGAAAUUUAGGAGCCUCUCUUAUCGAUCGUGUUUAUGGAUCUUUGUGUUCGUCUAACAACCAAUGCAUAGACUCUUAAAGAUGUGUUGUGUUAUGUGUAUUAGUGUGUCAUUAGUUACAUCUGUUAGCCAUGAGGAGGAUGUAGACAACUUCAACAGAUUUUGAAAUAGUUUUGCAUGGAGUUUAGCAAAUCAU